GAUCAUCCACACCUUUCAUCAUACGCUUUGUGAAAGACGGCCGGCGUGCUGAGGUCAAGCAAAAUUAUUUCACAAAAGCAUGACUGUCUUACGGCUGCUUCGUUUCUCCCGCGACGCUUUUUCGACCCCUCGGCAGCUCUCCUCCUCUUAACGGAGACCUGUUCUUUUACCCGAUCCCGCAGAAGUAAACCCCCCUCUCCCCUCUCCUCAGGAGGGUUUCGCUGCAUCGACUCGGGGGAGCUCCUUUGGUUGUAUAGACCAUCCAUUGCUCCCUCUGGCCACUUCUCACCUUCGGAUUUCCUUUAGAUCCAUGCAACCGCCACCAGCAGCAUCUCCAUGGUUUCUUGCUUGACGGUUGCUCAUCCUGUGCAACGGAUCAGUCCUGCUGAUCGCGAAAUACGAUGACGCUUUUCAGCCCGACCACAGUCCUCGUGGGCUUCCUGCUCGUUUACCUCUCCUCCUUCCUUAUCUUCGCCAUCGUCCGUAUCGCGACAGGGAUUUCGAUUCAACGAAUAGGAUAUUUUUCUCUUCGCCGCAUCGCCUACGUUCCCCGAGAUGGUGUACAGAUCGAACUUCGUGGCCUUGGCCUCUCCUUACAUCCGCCGUCGUUUGCGCAACCAACAUGGCUCAGUAUUCGGCUGACCGAGCUGAAAGUGACACUGGACCCCUCGGCUCCAGGAAAGGGGAAAAAGUCCACCAGCAAGUCUGAUGCGUCGGAACCGCAGGGCCUCUCGGAGAAGGAGUCGACCAAGCCAGAGAAUGGGGAAGACACCCCUUCCACCCCCAAGAGGAGUAAGACGUGGAGGAACUUGACCCGCAUGAAGGAACAAGUGAAGCGACUACACCGGCAGAUUCAUUGGUUGAAGUUGGUGGAUGUCGUGGCCGUCAAUACGACCGUCAAUGUUCUCGAAGCCGGCCAGAUUCAGGUUGGAUCAUUGUCCUUGGGAGUCGACACGAGGCGCAAAAUGGUGGAUCGAGGGAAGCUAUUCUUCCGGCGCAAGAAUAAUGAUCCUGGCGAGCAACGACCGGCAGAGUGGGUGAUGAAUGUACAGAACGUGCUGCUUGGAAUUGAUGGAGGGGAGCCAACCGAAGUGCUGGACAAUGUUCGGGUCAACAUCCAUGGGCUUCUCUACAAGGACCUCGAGGGUCUCAGGGAUGCGUCCAUCGCUUUCAAGAUUGGGCGGAUGCAUAUUCCAUACGAUGACGUGGUGACACUGAUGCAGCGCAUCAAACAACUUCGACAAUCCUCUGCGGAGCCCGACACCAACGAAACCGAUGACGAGGUUUCUUUCUCAGACUUUGUGGAGGAGUUGGAUCAGCCAGGAAGCCGAGAUGACACGAUCGUACAGGCAGUUGCGGACUCGAAAGAAUUUGCCGGAUCAAUUCUUCGCGGAAUACAGGGAAUACAGGUGGCUCUGAGUUUCUUCAGGUUGUCUCGGGCUUUCCAGCCCCCUUCGUCAAAGCAAACCCCUGUGUAUCUGAACGUGGUAUCGCAUGAGCUAGGCAUCGAUCUCCACCGAAUGGACCAAAAGAGUCCCGCCCACCGCAUGUAUUUCCAGCGCAAUGAUGUCGCCCACCAAGCCCUUCUGGCGGCCAUUUCUCUUUCGGUCAGUUUGGACGACUCUUCGGGCGAGACGGAUAACAUUCUUUAUAUCCCAAUGGCCACCACAACAAUCAAGACUACACUCCCUUCAAAGACCAUCAGCUCCUUCGAUGACCAUAACCCUGAGGAGCGCAAUACGAACAUUCUUUUUGCUAAUCUCGUGGUGACAUCGCCGUCGCUUGAUCUAGAGCCAAAGCAGGUCUCUCGGCUCUUGGGGCUGGCUCAGGCCAAGAAGGCGCCUUCUCGGGGGAAGAAAAGGGAUAACCACCGACUGAUAUCGCGGCUGCUGCCCAAAGCCAGCAUCAAAGUAUCGGUUCAUGAACCCGUGGUCCGAUUCGUCCUCCCAAUCACGAACCCCUCCGACGCCCCUAGCGAUGACUAUAAUUUACUAAUUUCCUCUAUAUCCGCUAUCUCUCUUGACAUUGAGUCUUCGCAUUCGUCAGAGGGUGGAGUUCACUACUCGUUAUCAUCUAUUUACCGGGUGGCCUCGCACAAGCUAUACUAUCAGACCCCGUCUGGCGUGAAACAUAAUCUCUUAACAACAGAGGGAUUGGAGUUUAAGGUACUACUGAGUGCAUCACCAGAAGUACGCGUUAUCGCAUCAGGAAGCCUGAAUACUUGCUCUGCACACAUGGUGAACGAUGAAGUGAACCGAGGCAUUCAUCAAGUCCUUGAGCAGUUCCGAGCUCAAACACGGCAUAGAAGGAAGGCGUCCAUGUCGUUUGAGGAGCGAAAACCCAGUGUUCUAAGGCGGAUUCCUCCAUGGUUACUCCGGUUCCAGUUUGAAGCCACUGGUCUCAGCCUGGAAGUUGCCGGCGUUGACACCAGUGUAUCAGAGGUUUCACGUGGUGUCUCGUUCCAGCUCCAGUCGUGGACUGCAGAUUACAGAGUCCAGAAAUCGGAACCAACGACAGUAAGCUUUGCAAGAAGACGUACCCCAAGUCAUUCUACAAUCGGGGAUGAGUCGUCGUUCCGGUUCCCUCCUACGUCUCCUCCGAGACAGAAACAAGUGGGCGCCACGGAUGGAAGGCGACUGGCUCUUCAUGUCCGCGGCUUCGAGGGCUUUGUCAUUGAAUCUGAAGACUACCUGGAGUCCGAACCCUUUUUCUCGCUGCCAAGAUUCGAGGUGGCACUAAGCACGAUGAGUGAUCGGCUUGGACCGAUAUUCAACGUCAACUCUGUGUUCAAGGGGGUCUACCUGCAAUACUCCCUCUAUCGCUACUAUUGCCUUCGGGUAGCUGCGUCUGUGGUCCAGGAAGCUUUCAUGCGAAAAGCGCCAGAAAUGCCCGAGCCCACAUCCCCGAUAGCAAAGGAGUUCACCUACCCCUCAUCUCCACGUCCUUCAGCUAGAAGCGAGCUUGUCACUGUUGAUGUCCGAGCAACUGUCAUACAGUUAAAGACGUUUAUGCCUGCGGACCCUCCGAUGCUGGUCCAGAUCUACGGGGUAACGGCUGGUUCUCAUCGCCUCUCUGCUCCAUUUGCAAAGGCACAUCUCAUUCGGUUGCACGCAGAAGCGCCGAAGCUCAAGGGUGUUUGGGCCAGGAUAAUCAGCAUGAACAACGUCCGGAUUGACUUACGCAAGAUGAAACUUAAGCAAGGCACCAGUCUUGUUGAGCAAAAGUCAAUCGACAUCUGGGCGGAUUUCAUCCGACUGGGAGUGCCACAUCACAUGGUAAUGCAUCGCGUUAUCGACAAUGUGAUCAACACCUCAAAAGCACUCAAGCAGCUCCAUGAACGGUUCCAAAACCAUACAUCCGAAUUUGGAUCAGUAAGAGAACCGGAACAACCAAAGAAGAUACCCAGGGUAUCGGUGCGGAGCAAAGCUUUGCUAUUUGAACUGGAAGAUGAUGCCUUUGAGUGGAAACUUGGUUGCAUCUAUCGAACUGGGCUCCUGGAACAGCACCAGCGCUUAGCCCGGGAGGAGGCAUUCGAACUGAAGCUUCAGAAAAUCAAGGAUUCGGACCAACGCCGCUCUACGUCCAGACUUCGGGCUAGGUCAAGCCACCGAACUCUUCGCAGUGAGCGAGUUAGUGAGGAAACAAGGAGAAGCAAAAGCGCCGAGCCCAAGCCGCGGAAGAGUUUGCAUGAUGACAUGCAUGGCCGAGGCAAGAAAUUUCGCUACGAUACCGAGGGGGCUGCCUGCCUGUCUUCCGAAUCCAAAAUUUCAACACAGAAUGCUUGGUAUCGUCUACAAGAACACAAUUCUCGUUCUUGGAAAGAUAAGAUUGAUUCUGCUUUACGCUUCCAGGGCACAUCUAUAAAGGAGGUGAGAAACCUAUUUUCUGGCGCUGACGAGCCACCUGAAGAUGUGCAAGAGACGGAAACCGUACUGUCUAUUCCGAACAGGCCUGCUCUUUUGGCUGCCUUGAUAAGUGACAUCAAUCUUGUUAUUGACAAGCCCUUCUUCCCUCUGGAGGAGUAUCCCAAGUUCCUCCACAGCGUUGGUAAAGGUAUACCUAUGGCGACGCAGUACGCGCUGCUAGUUCCCAUGAGUAUACAGCUGGACAUGGGUGAGGCCCGCGUCAACCUGAGAGAUUAUCCCUUGGAUUUGUUGCAUAUACCGGCUUUGCGCCCUGGACAGUCUCCUAGACUGCCCAGUUGGUCUCUCCGGACGAACCUUGUGAUUGCCGAAGAAUACCGCGACUAUAAGUCGGCCAGGCAGGUCAAACUAGAAUUGGUUCCCUCUACGGAGCUGUCAGACGGGUCCAUGAGUCCUCCGUUCGCCAUUGAGGUCUGGCGAUCCGUAUCUCCGGUCAAAACAUACUCCGACCCUACCAUUGAGAUCAACACGAGUCUGCCAACGAGUAUCUCCUGGGGCAUGUCUUAUCAGCCUGUGAUCCAGGACAUGAUGAAAAUUAUUGAAGGGUUCACCAAGACAGAGAUUGAUCCUUCUGAUAGGGUUGGCUUCUGGGACAAGAUCCGACUCAGCUUCCACUCUCGGAUCAAGAUCGCAUGGAAGGAGGAUGGAGAUGUCCACCUUCGUCUAAAAGGAUCGCGUGAUCCGUAUGUGGUGACUGGAUUCGGCGGCGGAUUCGUCAUGUGCUGGCGCAAAGAUGUCAAAUGGGAGGUCCACACCAGUGAUGAUCCUAAAGAAUUCAUGAGCGUCCGCAGUGGAGAAUACGUGCUGGCGAUACCGGAUUAUAGCCACGAAGCUCGGUAUAUGGCCGAAGCUACGACCCAGGACUUGGAAAGCACAUCCUCUUCAAGCGACAUGAAGAAUGCUGCUCAUUUCAAGAAGGUCGUCAUGAAACUUUCUGGUGACGUAAAAUGGGCUGCCGGGUUGGUAUUCGAGCGCAACGUAGAUGAUGACCAGCGGUCAUUCGAGUUCAAACCACACUAUGACGUCGUGCUUCAGAACCCUGUCCAUGUUGACCCAGCACAGCGCGAGACUUACGAUGCUUAUCGCGGGUUCCGCAGUAACCACAUCCACUUGUCAAUCUCAGUUGUCGCUCCGGAAAGCAAGAAUUGGUCCGCAGACUCUGUUCACCCGUCUGCCAGCUACAAUACUGUUCACUUGACUCCUCGGUUUUUCACUCACUUCUUCAACUGGUGGUCGCUCUUCUCAGGUGUCAUGUCACUUCCUGUCCGGCAAGGACCACUGUGGCCCGGCAUCACUAAGACGAGCAAGAAGUUCAACCGUCAUCUGGCCACAGUCAAGUACCAGUUGCUUUUCGCCCCCUUGUUUGUGGCUCACAUUUACAAGCACAAGGAUCGCGAAGACUAUGCCGAAGAUGUUGUGACGGCAACAGGCAUCAAGGUCCGUCUGGAUAGUCUGAAACUUGAUGUCCAUCAGAGACGGGAGCAAGUCAAGACCCAAGCCAAAGGCCGCUUGAAGCAAACCAAGGCAAGCGCCAUGAGGAUAAACCAGGCCGAGUUGGAUCUGCAGUCUGCAGAUUUCAGAGCCGUUUCAGCUAGUAUUGAAGGGACCAAUUUCGACGAUAUUGAGAACAACAAAGACGACAUCCUCUCAUCCUUCCAACAGCCCGUGGCUUCCGUCGACCUCUCUCGGUUUACGAUUCCUGACCAGAACCUGGACUGGAUCGACAUGGAUGACUUUGUUGAGCUGGAUUGGAUCCUACCUCAGGAGUCGAAUCCCCGAACGCAGAUUCUGCCUUUGGCGUUCACGCCGCGCUUUACGUAUUUCCGCCAAACAGAUCAUGGUGAAACAGCUCCCGACGAAACGGGGUACAGCACUUUUGGUGAUGAGCCGACCCAUGACUGCCUUAUGUCCGGGAAUAAUGAACCCCGCCGGGUUCAAAUGGAGCUGAUUCGAGAGCGCCUCGUUGCUGUUGAGGCUCAGACUCGCGAAUGUAAUCGUACAAUCGGCGAGCAGGAACUUCGCAUGACAAGAGACGUCAGCCCUGACCCCGCGCUUAAGAGUCAGCAUAGCGACUAUCUUCGACAGGCAGAAACACUAAUGCGACGACGGACAUUCCUAACCGCCGGCCUUCAACGGAUCGAAAAACAACUUGCGCGGGAGGAGAAGAUCCCGACAGAGAGGAACCCUGAGGCCUUUGUCAAUGACAGCGCUUCCCGGAUGGGAACUGACUCGGACUCGACGACUGAUGGCAAGGAUGCCGAUAUGGACGGCCUGUACUCCAGUCCGGAGGAUGAACUAGCCAGUGACUUCAACAACAGAUUCAUUAUUCACAACAUCCAGCUGAAAUGGAAUAAUUCUCUGAGGAACAUCAUCCUGCGCUAUAUCCAUCAAGUCAGCCAACGGCGUGGAUUUGUGUACUAUAUGUCUCGAAGAGCUGUUAAGUUCAUUCUUGACAUUGUUGAUGAGCAAAACAAGAACAAGCAAAAGCAUUCCAAGCUUUUCCGGACUGCUUCGAGACGCCCAUCCGAUGCUGGCGGGCUUGUGGACAGCGAAGAUGAUGACAGUGUCGAGGAUCGCAUUGAACAGCUGCUGAACGAUGCGAAGCGCUACGUAAAUGCCGAGGAACAAGAACAUCCUGACCAAAGGAGACCGAGUGCUGCCAAAUCCGAAGGAUUCAGCGAGAACAUCGCGCCAGAAUUUACACCCCAGAACAGCUACCAUCUGCGACUUAUCGCCCCACAGAUUCAACUGCAGAGCGAGAAGAAUCAGAAAUCCGUGCUUGUGGUCGCCGCCAAAGGCAUGCAACUUCAAGUCGUGUCCAUUAUGGACAAGGAACGGGUGUCCGACGAUGUCAGCGGUCUCGUGCAGCGCCGCUUUAAUCUUUGCAUGGACGGAGCCCAGUUCUUUGUGGCAACGCAAAAGAGCCUGAUGAACCAUCUGCAAUUCUAUGCCGGCAACAAGUAUGGCAACCCCCCGGGGUCGGCGUGGCCUCCUUGGCUGAACCUCGAGGCGUUGUUUGACUUUGAACUCAACCCUUUUGGCUUCUCACGGAUUAUACAGAAGACUUCGGCCAGCUUGCGGUACGACAAGUACAACAACCUUCGCCUGAAAUAUAAUGAAGAGGUGGCGAAAGGACAAUCAGACCAACAGUACAAUAUGAAUGAUGCGGAACCGAGAAUGGAUCACAUCAGCGUCGACUUUCCUCAUUUCCGUGCCAUUUGCGACUCCGCCGAGUACUACUCGAUGUACAUCAUUGUUCUGGACCUUCUCCUCUACAACGAGCCUCUGGAGAAGGUCCGCAACGAGCGCCUAGAGAGAAUCAUGCUCACUUCCGACUUCAGUGAUCUGAGAGGUGCACCAGAGAUGGUUUUCAAACUCCAGUCUCGCAUCCGACAGCUAGAGGAGAUCAAGGAACAUUUCCAAAUCCAUGCCAAGUAUCUGGACAAACAAGGCUGGGAAGACCGGUUGGUGCUCGAAAAGGAUCUUACUCAAUGUGAAGAUGAGUUGUUCUUCUUGAUGAAGGCCAUCACCUCUUCACAGAGAAAGAUUGACCCGAACAUGUCGAAGGCACAUGGAGUCCUCCGCUGGAACAUUUCGGCAAGCGAGGUGGUGUGGCAUCUGAUGAAGGAUCAAACCGAACCCUUGGUUGAGUUCCAGCUCCGUAAUGCUGAAUAUGACCGCACAGACAACAGUGACGGUUCGAACCAUAACUUGGUUGCCGUCGAACGAUUGUACGGCCUGAACCUCCUUCCCGAUGCUAUAUACCCUCAAAUCAUCGUGCCUUAUCUUGACCAGGCCCGGGGUCUCAGCGGGCCCGAUGAUUGCAUGAUCAAGGUGAAGUGGCACAUGCUGGAGGCCGUUGCUGGUAUUCCUGUCUUGGACGAUUUUGAGGUGUCUCUCUUCCCGCUCAAGGUUCAGUUGGAGCGGGAGCUUGGCCAAAAGGUGUUCGAAUACAUGUUCCCUAACGUCGGGUCUACUGCGUUCGAGAAUGGCGGGUUUUCGCCGUUCAUGAUCAAAAACAUGAAGCCGCUCGACGAAUCGUCAGACUCGGACGACGAAGAAAGCCCGACCUCACAUGUAAACCCAGACCAGGGUGAUAUUUCGACGGAAGACUUGCCGCUGAAGGGCCCAGGGGCAAUUGAGCUGCGGCUGCAACCGACGCUGUCACUGUCCGAGGAGGCCAGACCCAAGUCUCAUCACCGCCAGCUUAGAGGUCUCGCCAUGACCCCUCUUCACAAGGACAAGGACAACAACCACAUACGGCCCUCAACGAGCGGCGGGUUGACCAAGAAGAGAUCAGUCGACAGCCUGCGGAUACUGUCCAGGCAACCCACCGAAAAAUCUGUCGCUAAUGGGUCAGGUGCUUCGUCGAUCAAUGAGGAGAAAAAGAAGUUCGCUCUCGGAAGAAUACAGACCAAGGGCAGCAAGUCGAAGGAGACUCCUGACGACUUGUCUCAGAUGAUGUCGCGUGCGUCGAACUACAUGACGCUUGCCCAUGUCAAGGUGCAUGAUGUGGUGCUGUGCCUGAGUUACAAGGGCAAGGGAGAACACAACUUAGAGGAUCUUCAUGACUUCGUUUUCCGAUUGCCCGUUCUAGAGUAUCAUAACAAGACGUGGUCGAACCUUGACUUGGCCUUGCGACUCAAAAAGGAUGUGAUUAAGGCUCUGAUCUCGCAUGCGCCCGCCAUCCUCGGGAACAAGUUCUCCCACCAUCGGCCUACAAAGCAGCAGCAAAAACGGUACCGUGAACUGGCCAGCUCGUCUCAGGUUAUGCACCAAUCAGACAGCGCAGUGAACACGUCGGACAAUGCCCAAAGCAUUAACAGUGUGGACUCGAACAGCGAGUAUUCCGAGUCUCAGCGUUCUGGGAAAUCUGGGACGUCUCCGCUUGUAAGAUCCAACUCUCUGGGGUCGAGUAUGCUCCAUGAGCCAGGGGGUGUAUUAUCGGACUCGCGUUCUGCGAGCGAAGUUGACGUGGAUGCCCGUUGGGAGCAAUCUCGCAGAAUUGUCAACCCUCCUACUCGGCCCAUGACUUCGGGAAACGCAAUGCCUAGGUCUCAGACGAUCAGGACCUGGGAUGAUCCCGACGAAACUGCGAGCCAUAAGACGUCGAUUCGCAAUUUUGGCCGAAAACUGAUACCUUCACGGAAAUGAGCCUUCGCCGUCAGUUGCGUUGGCUCUGCCUUUCUUCUAUAUAAAACUGUCCUCUUUCUGCUUUUAUUUGGACAUUCUUGCCUCGCAUUUUGCCGUGUGAUACCCCCAACGCAGUGGGUCGUAUAUAGGCGUCAACGCUUUUGGUUUCCUGUCACCAUCGGGACAGUCGAUGUUUCCAGGUGUUCCAGGGGUAUAGUGUUAUUUACAUCCUCUUCUUGUGCAAAGUUGGUUUUACAUUUGGCUUUGUGGAAAACAUAUUAUAAUCUUAGUUAUUACUGACGGUGCUGUGCUGCUUGUCAUGGUUGCUGUGUGUCUCGAUGUGGAUUCAAAGGACGGCCAUGCCAUUUGGCAGAGCGCCGUUGGGCAUUGGACAUAUUCUUGGUUGUGUUAGUAUGGGUAUAUAGAUAGAGGUGCAAUAUGGAUUCUUCAG